AUGCUUCAAAGAUUCAAUAGAAUAGUUAAUGUAAGGACGUUAAAAUUUUUAACAUCUAGUCCAUCAAAUAAUCAUGGAAUAUUACCUCCACGACCAAUUAAUGGUAAUUUAAAUAUCCCAAUGGACGAUCAUAUAAAUGAAAACAAUAAGUUUACUAUAUUGCCCGGAUAUUAUAAAAAUAUUAAAAUAUAUUCUUUUCCUGAGUUAAAUCCAAAAAUAGUUGAAGCACCGACAUUAUUAAAUAUCUUAGAUAAAAUUGAUCCUUCUUUAAAUGAUGACAUAUUAAAGGAAAUAGAAGAACCUAAUAAAAAAAUAUCGCCAAUGUAUUGUUCACCUAGAUUAAUGACUAUAAGAAGAAAAAAAAUGAAUAAGUUUAAAAGAAGAAAACGUUAUGACAGAGAUUACCAUAAAUAUCAAAAACAUCAUCGUCAAAAAAAAAUAAAAGCAGAAAGAAAGUUUAGACAACAAAUGGCAUUACUAAUUAAGGAGAUGAAUGAAUUUGAUCCACUUCAAUUUGUAAGUAAAACUAUUGAAACAGCAAAAUAUGAAUGGACAUCUUCUGUCGCACCUUCUGGUAGAAAAAAGUAUCCACAUUGGAGUCAAUUAAUGACAUUAGAAGAAAUUUAUGGCAUCGAAAAGAAUAAUUAUAUAGAUAAACGAUACGGUUAUCCUACAACUGAAGAUGCACAACAAUUAGAACAAAUGAUAGAUAAAUAUUUAAAAGAAUAUAAGAAGAAAAAGUAG